AUAUAUAAUUGUAUAUGCACAUUUCCCUGCUAGAAUGUGUGCUCCUUGAGAUCAGGUUUGGUUUUAUAUCUUUGUAUCACUAGCCUUUAGACUAAGGCUAUAAGCACUUCAUAAGUGCUUGUUGAAUAAUUAAAUACAUUAUGACCUAUGAACCUCAUUACACUGUGGAAUAUUAUCCUGACCUUGUUAAUGACUGGCAUCUGAAUGACAUUUUCAAGAAUUUUUAGCUUCAAGCUAUAUUGUGAUUUUUAUUUAAUUAUUUCACUUAUUUCCCAAUAUUACCCAAUCUCUAACCUCAACAGUGAAAUUCCCUCAGCAUUCAUAGCCAAAUCUUCCUGACUGCAAGUCACAAACCCAACAUAUUAUUCUCUGUCUACACUGCCUUGUCUCUUUCUACCUCUGGAAUUUUCUUUAAAGUAGAUGAUGGCCUCCUAAUGCAUACCUUGCUUUUCAUUCCCCACUUUUAAAAGCCCUCUAGGUGUUUCUAUUUGGGAAAUAAAGGUGUUAGACUAGGUUAAGGGUUCUUCACUUUUUUGCUUUAUGGACUGCUUGGGCUGUUUGCCUUGUGGACCUCUUUUCUCAGAAUAAUUUUUUUUGGCUAAAUUUCAAUCAGAGAUUAGUGAAAAUUAAUUAGGCAGAAGCAUGUAAAUGGUUUAGAUUGGGGCUUGGAAUUAGGAAAAUCUGAGUUCAAUUCUAGACUCCAAUAUUAACUGCAUGACCCUGAGAAAAUCAUUUCAUUUCUGCCUAGGCAAUAAAAUGAGGCUAUAGGACUUACCUCACAGGAUUGUCAUAAAGAUAAAAUAAGAUAAUAUUUGUAAAAUGUUCUUCAAAGUUUAAAGUGAUAUAGAAAUGCUAGCUAUUACUGAAAUAAAGAUGUAAUUUUUUUCUCAUCCAAAUUCAUAGGCCUCUUGAUUUAUUCAUAGGCUAGGGGCAUGGUGAGAGGGAGAGCCUUGAUCCAUAGACCUCAAGUUUAGAAUCCCCAAACUAGAGAAUUUAGCCUUAAGUCCUUUCCAGCUCUAAUACUCUGUGAUGACAGUUUCCAUUAUAAGGCAUCUCCCUCCUAACCUCCACACACACAUACACACAAUCCCACUACCUUAUCCCUUCACAAAUCCUAUGAUGGAGAUGAAGAUUUUUUUGGAGUUCUUGGGAUCUCCAAGGCUGGAAAUAGUAGAGGUCAGGAGAUAUUGGAGAAUUACUGAGAUACUUUAAAACUUAAAAUUAUGAAUCUAUUGCCAAUCUACAUUAUAAAGGGAAUUUCCCCAGAGUGAGCCCCUUACUCUUGAAAUUAAUCCAGUAAUAAGAAAUUUAAAAAUAAAAAGAGGAGAAGAGAAAAAAAGACCGAGUUUAAAAGACAUGAUCUUUAAGGCCAGAAGGAAUCGCCAAGGUGAUAGAUUGGUUCUCCGGGUGUGGGAUUGGUUCUCACUACUGUUCCUCUGGUGUGGUCCUUAUGUGCCCAUUGUGGUUCUCUCCACUCCCACGAGAGGGCAGCUCCUCCAGCAUUCAUUAUGUCACGAGCCAAAGCCCAAGACCCAGACAGUGCAGGAGACUGAGCUCCAGGCUGAAGAAGUAAGGAGUACGGGGCCCUUCCGUAGAGCCGGAGGCUGAACAGUCCGUGAAACAGCAAGCCGGCUGUCAGUCUGAACCCUACGAAAGACAGGGAGCCAAUUGUCUCCCCUGCGCGUUAUCUCUCAGAGCGACUGACAGCUUGACAGGAGGUUACGUGUGUGGGAGCGGGACCCGGAGGGGGUUCCCUGCGGGACAGAAUUCUCCCACACGAAUUCUCAGGCUGGAACUCCCCCACUGACAUCCCCAUGAGGACUCUUGGACCCGGCUGGAGUGCCCUUUGGAGGAGAGACCGAGAUCUCGCCGAGGCCUGAGACCACCUGGCAGGUCAUUGCUGGAGUCUGAAUAAUGAAACUGGGACGAAGAUCAGUUUGCAGCUUCCUGCUAUUAUUCUUUUCUGCUGCUCUGUGUCUCUUCUUCUUUCACAAUUGGAAACACCCAAUUCCAAGAGCUUCUUCUAGAUUGUGGUCAUCUCCUCUAGAGUUCUCCAAGCUCAAAUACCCUCAACUGGCUCCAGAGCCUCAAUAUGCACACAUUCCCUUCAAGCUCAAGGAACAGGUUGUGGGGUUGCUGGCACAAAACGCCUGCAGCUGUGUGGCCAGUAGAGGAGGACUUGGCUUCUCUCUCCCAUUCCAACGGCAGGUGCAUGCACUUAACUUCACAUCAGCAUAUGGAUCUGAGGAGCUAGUGGAAGCCACAAUUGCAAGAGAUCGGGAAUACCAAGCUUUCCAGUCCAGGGUCCAGUCCCCAGCUGACCAGAUACUCAUCGCUCCAGCCAACUCCCCCUUGCAGUAUCCCCUGCAAGGUGUGGUGGUUCAGCCCCUAAAGACCAUCUUGGUGCCAGGUCUGAGCCUACAAGCAGCUGAGCAAGAAGUGUAUCAGGUAAACCUCUCGGCAUCUCUUGGAACCUGGGAUGUGGCUGGGGAAGUGGAAGGAGUGAGACUUCGAGGGGAGGGCCAACUGGAACUCACUCUCUCAAGCCCAGAGCUAGACCGACUCAACAGACAGCUUCAGCUGGUCACUUACAGUAGCCGGAACUACCAGCCAGACACUGCAGACACAGUCCGGUUCUCCACCGAUGGCCAUGAAGCUGUCUUCACUAUCCGAAUUAAGCAUCCACCAAAUCCUCGGCUGUACCCACCUGGAUCACCCCCGGAAGGAGCCAAGUAUAAUAUCAGCGCUAUGGUCACCAUUGCAACCAAAACUUUCCUUCGUUAUGACCGUCUCCGAAACCUCAUUGCCAGUAUCCGUCGUUUCUACCCAACAAUUACUGUGAUCAUUGCUGAUGACAGUGAGCGACCGGAGCCAGUCAAUGGCCCUUACAUCGAGCACUACCUCAUGCCCUUUGGCAAGGGAUGGUUUGCAGGCCGAAAUCUAGCUGUUUCCCAAGUGACCACAAAGUAUGUGUUGUGGGUAGAUGAUGACUUCAUCUUCACUGGCCGAACGAAGCUGGAGAAGCUUGUGGAUGUUCUGGAACAGACAUCUCUGGACUUGGUCGGGGGAGCAGUUCGGGAGAUCACAGGCUUCUCCACUACUUAUCGACAAUUAAUGAGCAUAGAACCUGGUGGCCCUGGCUGGGGAGACUGCCUCACCCAAAGGCGAGGCUUCCACCAUGAGCUCCCAGGUUUCCCAGGUUGUGUGGUCACUGAUGGUGUUGUCAACUUCUUCUUGGCGCGAGUGGACAAGGUCCGAGAGAUCGGUUUUGACCCUCGACUCAGCCGGGUGGCCCAUUUGGAAUUUUUCCUGGAUGGACUUGGCUCCCUUCGGGUAGGCUCCUGUUCCGAUGUCUUGGUGGAUCAUGCAUCGAAGCUGAAAUUGCCUUGGGUACCUUGGGGGACUGAGGCAGAAAUGUAUGCCAAAUACCGAUACCCUGGAGUCACAGAUCAGAGCUACGUGGCCAAGCACAAGCUACUCUUCUUCAAACAUCGCCUCCGAUGCAUGAGCUCAGAUUGAUUGGCCCAGGAACCAUAGAAUGGCUGAUGUGAUGGACACAGUGGCUACUGAGUGCACUUGGAACCCUCUACAGAUUUGUAUGCACUAUCUAGUCACUACAAGUAUCCAGCUGGUCAACUCUGUGGCUGACGACUCAAGGACUGUUCAAAGACUAUCCAGCCCUUCAAAUUAUUUGACCUUGAUCCAAUCCCAGGAUGAGAACUGGUCCUGGUGACUUCUCCAAUGCCCCAAAUACAAUUGGAGCUAUGACUCACCUUUACCAGUUCAGUGACAGCACCCCCAACCCCAGUGCUAAGCCCUCCAUUCUCUAUUCUUAUAGAGUAAUAGAAAACCUUUCUAGUACUAAAGAGCCUGAAGGUCUCCAAGAGCCAAACAGAACCCAUCCCUCAAAUGCAGACACCUUUCCCUAACUCCUUUAGAGGAGAUAGGUACAAUUUUGCCUCUGUGCUGCAUUCUGAAUCUCUGGACCAGAAUUCUAUGCAUCAUAUUCAGUUCUCCCUACUCCCACCCCACUCACCAGGAGAAUUUUGACCUUAGAGAUAAGAGUAACCACCUGAAGGUCUCGAGGAGGAGUUAUUGAACAAGCCAACAGUUUUGUAA